CAUGGUUUCGAUGUAACCUUGGAUUAAACUUGGAUUAUUAGCUAAUUAUAAAUGAUAAUGGAAAACUAUUACAAACUAUAUAACGAAAGGCAUUCUGAACAUUCGUCUGAGCAAAAGGACGAUUCAGACUGUAAUAUGUUGGUGCUGGAUCUAUCACGCAAGAAGCGCGUGGCAUCUACGUUAUACGAAGCCGAAAUAAUUCAAUCCAUUGUUUCAUCGCAAACUUUGCUUCCAAACACAAAGAAGCAAAAAUAUCAAGAAAUAAAUUUUCUAGAUGAAAAUACACAAACUCCCGCGAGAAGUAGUGCCAUGUUAUCGCCAUAUUCCGAAUCAAACUCGCCGAAAGAAACGAAGAUUAGUUCAGUGGAUUAUGAAAAUAAUAAUCAAUUAAUACAUACCUUACCACACACACACACACAACACGCAUUGUCAAAUACGUAUGGUAUUACACCACGUACAACAAUGGUAACGCCUCCGCAGCCAUCGCUACUUACAUAUCCAAACGAAGCCACGAAUAUGCCCGUAGCGGUACCAAAAAUAUAUUUACCGUAUAUAGAAACAUCGCAAUCUUGUGUAAUAAAUAACGAUGCCAGGAGAAUCAUUUCGAUGCCAGCAGAAUGUUCGACGUCGGAUGCGAAACCAUCAACGUCUUCGGAUGUUACGAAGAAAACGCCAAGACCUUUCAAGGCCUAUCCGAACAAUUUGUUGUCUGUUAUUAGUAACGACAUUGACCAUAAUUCGAAUGAGAACUACGUAAAGUUCCGUAAGACGGUACUUGAAACCUUUGAAAAAGGGAACAAACAGACAUCAAAUCCUAAAAUGCGUCGAGUAUCCAAGUCUGUUAGUAAUCCUGGAGUGCCUACUAGUACUGUCGAUGAGAAAGAUGCUAUAUAUUGGGAAAGAAGAAAAAAAAAUAAUGAAGCAGCGAAGCGUUCGAGAGAUGCUCGAAGAGCUAAAGAAGACGAGCUUGCAAUCAGAACGAGUUACCUCGAAUAUGAGAAUGCACGACUGAAGAUGGAAAUACGGACACUCAAGUUGGAGAUACAAAAAUUUCUUCACUCAUUUUAA